GAGACAAUUAGAAAAAGUGCGGGGAAUACCAUAGUUAAAGUUGAGAAGCAAUGGCAUUCUGCUGGAUUGCCUGUUUGUGGAAGAGAAAACGCUGUAAAAAAAUUGAUAGAAUUACAUUUUAAGUGGAAAGGUUUACAGAAAAAUAAAAGCAAGAAAAAUUCACCAGCUCAGAUGAAAAAUCAGUCUCUUUUUCAAACAAAGUUGGCUGAACUCUUUGAUAUUACCGAUCAGAAAAUUCUUCAAUCAAUAAAUUACGAUAAAAAGAUUUUUUUAGAAGGGCAAAAAUCUUCGAAUCAAAGAGGAAUUAUAAAUUUAAGUUCACAACCAGACACUGAAGCAGAUGUGAAGAUAGCCGAUGAAAUAAAUCAGCCAGUGAAAGAUAAACAGAUCUCAAUAAUUAAACAAGAAUCUGAUCUAAUAACAUCCCAGUCAUCAGCGAGCUUGACUUCAAAAUCAGUCUCCGAUUUUGAAAAUGAAUUAACACCGCCUAUUGUUCCUUAA